AUGAAUGAAGUGGGCACCUCUACCGCCACCUCUGAGGCUGGUCCCUCUUCUGUCUCCUCAAAGAGGAGGGUCAAGGAACGUGGGAUCUUCUGGCCAAAAAGAAAGAAAAAGGAUGAAUGCAACAAGAUUUUCGCCUACAGCAUCGACAAUUGGGACACAGUGGAUAGGGUGGAGGUAGGGGGGAAACGUUUUGAUUUUAUGGAGAGAAAAGCUACCAGCUACGACCUGUCAUUAGCACACCAUCAGUUUGACAUUGUAUGUCCAGGCACAACGCUAACCCUUCAGUGCUCCCCUGCUGUGCAAUCCGACCUCGAAGUGUUCCGUCGAUCGAAACUUGUAUGUGACGAGGUGGGUCUGCUACCUGAACUCCCGGAUAAGUCGGUAUACAGUAUCACUCCAAGGAAGAGCCCGGAAAGGCCAGCAGGAUCCGACUCAGGGGACGAGGGACCGCCAGACUUUGAAAUACAUCCGUGUUUCGAAAAAGAGUCACUCGCACAGCUACAGUACAAUUUCGAUGACCUCAGGGAUGCUUAUAGUGUCAUUAGGACACAUGGCACAUACAAUGCCCCUGGAAAGGCAUUUAUCGUGCAACUCGGUGAAUUCUUGAAGCUCUCCACGAGCAACCCCGACCGCUACAGAUGCCGGCAAAGCACAUCGGUUGGUCCCAAUCAACCAGGUGCAUUCCACGUAAUGUGGGCAGUACCAUCACAGCGGAGGACUAUCUCAUCAUCCACAGAGCCAGAGAGCUCCGGUGAACACCCAGUCGUCCGACAAGAGCAUGUCCACGAAAGAUAUGCAGACUGUGUGCUCUAUGACAUUCACACUGGCAUCAAUCCAGUGGUCGUCGAAAUAAAGAGUGACAUAAAUAGGGCCAGCAGAAACCAGAAUCUUGAGCAGAUGGUAGGCCUAUGGGGCCCAAGACAGCAAGCCAUGUUGGGACUCGAGUUGGCAGAGGGGCGAGUAAAGACUAAAGUUUUAAUUAGAGACGACAAUAAAAAUGCUAUGAUCAUGGUGCAUUUGAACGACCUACAUGUGGAGUCCCCCCGUAAAGUCCGUGAACUUGCAAAGCUCUGGGUAGCUUUCACUACAUUCGUACAGUGUCACAUGCCCAGUUCUCCCUCCCUCUCUGAUUGA